UACCACGUCUGGCAUUAUUGGCUUGUUCCUUGUGCGAAUAGGACGAUUUGACGCGGGUUAUUUCGCGAUCCCGGCGCCCGAGAUGCGGUCUUUUUACGCGUUCUUCGCCUUGUUGGCGAUAUCGGCUGUAUGUGCUGAGGUCUACUUCGAAGAAAAGUUCCUCGACAACGCAUGGGAAAAGGAAUGGGUAUAUUCUGAACAUCCCGGUAAGGAAUUUGGAAAGUUUGUACUUAGCCAUGGAAAGUUCUGGAAUGAUCCCGAGAAUGACAAAGGUAUCCAGACGUCCCAGGAUGCAAGAUUUUAUGCACUCAGUAGGAAAUUCACCCCGUUCAGUAACAAGGAUAAACCACUGGUUGUUCAGUUCUCCGUUAAGCAUGAACAGAACAUCGACUGUGGAGGAGGAUAUGCCAAAGUGUUCGACUGCUCGUUAGACCAGAAGGAUAUGCAUGGAGAAACGCCAUAUCUUCUCAUGUUCGGACCCGAUAUCUGCGGACCUGGCACCAAGAAGGUUCACGUUAUAUUCAACUACAAAGGAAAGAACCUACUCAUCAGCAAAGACGUUCGCUGCAAAGAUGAUGUGUACACUCAUCUUUACACAUUGAUUGUCAAGCCAGACAAUACUUACGAGGUCCUUAUUGACAACGAAAAGGUUGAAUCCGGCGACUUGGAAGCUGACUGGGAGUUCUUGCCUGCGAAAAAAAUCAAGGAUCCGAACACCAGCAAGCCUGAUGAUUGGGAUGAUAAGCCCACCAUCCCUGAUCCCGAUGACACAAAACCCGAGGACUGGGACAAGCCAGAACACAUUCCUGACCCCGAAGCCACGAAACCAGACGACUGGGACGACGAGAUGGAUGGUGAAUGGGAAGCACCCAUGAUUGAUAAUCCUGACUACAAGGGAGAAUGGAAACCCAAGCAAAUUGACAACCCUAACUACAAGGGACCCUGGAUUCAUCCCGAGAUUGAUAACCCUGAAUAUCAACCAGACCCUGAGCUCUACAAACGUGAUGAGAUCUGUGCCAUUGGAUUUGAUCUCUGGCAAGUCAAGGCCGGUACGAUCUUUGACAACGUUCUGAUCACCGACGAUCCUGAAUUAGCGCACAAAAUCGGGGAAGAAGUUUGGAAACCUACUUUCGAAGGAGAAAAGAAGAUGAAGGAAGCUCAGGAUGAAGAAGAGAAGAAAGAGAGAGAAAAGGAACUCAAGGAAAGUGAAGACAAAGAGGAAGACGAUGAAGAAGACGAAGAUGAGGACAACACCAUCCCUGAUCCAGAAGAAGCAGAACACGACGAAUUGUAAAUAGUGUGUCAGGUGGCACAAACACAGACUGUAUUCCAGGAGCUGCUGCCUAAUUGUGCGACGCUAUCAACUAUUGCAAGAGUGUGAAAAAAGAAAGAGACAGUUGGAAUGAAAUAUUACAAAAUGUUAUACACUAGAUGCUUUCAAACACUAAAUAGUGUGUAAAUCAUACGUGCGGGCAAGAUAACGUUGAUAAAAUUUUAAAAACGUUACUCAUCUGCGCAAUUUCGUAACAGUCGGUUGCGAAACCGAGAAAACUGGUUGUUAUUAUUGAAAGGAUCACAAGUUUCUCUAAUUGUCGUAAUAAUUACUUCAAGUGAUUGAAGAAUCUCCAAAAAUCGUCGGAAAAAAAAAUUAUUUAAAUCGCGACAAUUUUUAUUCUUGCCCCCGUGUCCACAUCAUCAUCAUCAGCUCCAAAAGACUAAGUUGUUCCGUUUUUGUUUGUCAAGUGUUUUUAUAUAUUAUAUUGUAUUAAAGUAAUUUUGAAAUUUACUUUGGAUGAUACAAGAAUUAAUAUUAUUAUUUCAUUCUCCUUACAAGUACAGUGGGUACGCGUCGUAAUAAUGCGCUGCGACUUCUAAUAGUGGUUAUGAAUUGAAAGAAAAAGCAAAAAGUGAUGGGUGUGUGCAAAUCGUGAGUGAGUGAUAACAAUAGCUAAUAAUUGUAUCAAACCACCAAUAACCAUAUAAUAAAUAAAUAAGACUUUUCUAGA